UGUAAACACCAACAUGGCGGCUGCCGAGGACGGAGCCUACUAUGGAACAUGGAGGAUUGUGGAAUGCGUGUCUUUAACGGGAACAGUGGAAACCACAGGAAUCGAAGGGACAGAAUUCCAGCUGGAUGAAAGUGGGGAUGUUUCGUGGAAGGUGUCUGAGGAUGCAGAACCCAUGCCUUUCUUUAACUGUGAAACAUAUGAGGUGACUCCUGGGGCAGGUACUGAUCCUGCUGUGCUCAAGUUCAUAUGGACGUUUGAAGGACAUGUCAUUGAGUUCAGGGUGGAGGUGGCUGAUGACUUGAUGCUGUUGACAUAUGAGAGGUGUUGUAUGCUGCAGUGCCAGAAGGUGUCAUCCAAUGACCCUAAAGAUGAUGUGCCGUUCUCAUUCCUCAGUGCAAUGGAGGAAGGUUACUUCUCAGAACUCAGCAUAAGAGCUGAUUCUGGAAGAGAGUUCAAGGUCCACCAGGUCUUGCUGCAACUGAGUGCCCCCGAGAUGGACUGGCUGCGGUCCCCUCCCCCACUGACUGGACUGCGGGAGGACGUCCUCCAGGCCACCCUACACUACCUGUACUCGGAGUGUCUACCCAGGGGGCUGUCCGAGGACACGGCCAAGGCCUGCAUCAAAUCUGUUGGAAAACUGCCGGGCUUCUCCAGAUUCUCAGAUCUCUGUGAUACGUUUCUAAAAAAUACAGCACUUAAAGAACAAAUCACCAACCUCAUAUCAGAUAUGCAUGGGUGUGCUGACAAGAUCAUAGAACUGUUCAGUGUUAAAGGAGGUGUGGGCGAGGGGCACCUGUCAGUGGACUCCAGUCUCAUGUCCAACCCAGCCAAGCUGUGUUAUACUGUCAGACAGGGCCUGAAGGAGGCAGCAGUUGCCUGUGCCAAACUGCUGAUCCUUUGUGACCUCUUCUCAAAGAGGAAAGGAGAGCUGUCGAGAGAAGAGAGACAUGAAAUAAUGAAGUAUGCCAAGUCAAGGUUACCAGUAUUUAUGAACCAGCUCCACAAGUUCCUGGAGGUCAUCAAGCAACACACAUCCAGUCUCAGUGCUCCCCAGAGGAACGAGAUCGCCACCUACCUUGUGCCUGAGCUUGAGACAACACUGGACCUGAUCUUCCGCUUCGCUGUGGAGACCAAGGAUGCCCUUGACAAGGUCAUCACCUCCAGCAACACGUCCGAGAAGUCAGAAAAAUCAGACAAACAUAAAAAGGGGCAUGUUGGAGACGUGUUAGGAAAGGCACUAAAAAAUGCAUUGCACAUGAAAGAGCUCAAGAAACUGAAGAACUUCCAUGACAGGACAUCAGCCAGCUUCACACAUCUAAUGCAGAAGAAAGAAAACUUUGGUAUGAUGACACAUGGAGAGAAAGUGAGGUCAGUCUCAAAAAACCUGGAACAAGUAAUUGAUGAGGUGCCCUUCUUCCUGGUGCGUCUUGAGGAGCUAAUGGCGGCCUUGGAUGAAAAGGUCACAUGGAGAGAGUGGAAAUAUCUGUUCAAACUUGGCACAUCAAAAGUUGCCUGGGGUCUCGGCAAAGUGUUGGCCAACAAGUCCACUCUGCAGCAUCUCAUCGACCAAGCCUGUGACAUUGCCAACCGGGACCAGUUCACAGCGUCACUGGCAUCCCUGGGUUUGACGUCACCGGAUGCCAGUCAGGACAGCAGCGGGGCAGGGGGAGGUAGACAGAGUCACGGACCCACAAAGUAUGCUCAGCUCAGCUCAAUAGAAUCCCUAUGCAUCCCCCCGUAUGCCCGAGACAGCCGGACAGCCAAGAGGGCGCUGGAACUGCUACGUAAAGGAGAAAAGACCGAUAUGACCUUUGAAAUAGAGGUUGUGCAUGAGGGUGGAGACAUUGUGAUUGACCACACACAUGGGGGGGAGCCAGUGGAGAGGACAGAUGAGGGGGAGGUGGAAGUGAAGGAGGUGCGAGCUCACUGCGUCAUCAUCGCAGCACGGUGCGACUGGUUCCGUCGAGCACUUCUUAGUGGCAUGAAGGAGUCUAUACACAAAAAAAUUACAGUUCAUGAUACAAAUCCUGUGCUAUUCCAACUGUUCUUGGAGUAUUUAUAUAGCGGCCAGUUGGAGACAAACGAGUUGUCAACAGAAGAGCUGGCUGAUAUGACCACCCUCUGUGAUAGAUAUGAGAUGGACAGCCUCAAGUCAGUGUGUGAACAUGCUCUGAAACACCACAUUGAUGAUGAGACAGCCCUAUACCUGCUCAGCCUGGCUGACCAACUGCACUGUAAAUACCUCAGAGAGACGUCCUUGCAUUACAUCAGUGAGCACCAAGGCCUAGCGGACAGCGAGGUCUUCGAGGAUCUGCCUGAACAUCUUCAGGCUGAGGUUGAGGACGCCAUUGCCUGGCAUGGCCUGGAGCCGCGGACAGCUCGGUUACGUGCCGGACCCAUGGUGGACACACCCAGCUCUAUGUCCAGUGUGAGUGAGGUGGAUGAGCUGAUGACCAACAUAGAUCUCAUGGACAGGCCCCAUGACUUAUCCACCUCAAGUUCCUCUGAAGAUUUACCAUUUAUGGAGGAUCCAUCACGCCUAGAGUCCUGCCUGGAUGCUCUACGUGACAUCGUUGGUGACACAGUGCCACAAGAUGAACUCGUCCGCAUAGCAAUGGCUGCCGACUAUGAUACAAACCGAGCACUUAAUUUCUUCUUCUCUUCAUAGCACAGGGAGUCUUUUAGUAUAUUGUGUAAUAUAGGUUAAUUUAUAUGAAAUAUUUGACUGAGAUGUAAAGUCAAAGUAUCUCUACUGCAGUUCAAGUGGUGCUUUCCAAUUGGUGAGACGUCCUGACAUCUUGGACAUUGUUCUUCCUCUAGGAUAUCUUGACACAUAACUGUUAUAGCUUGUAAAAUCAGCCAGUCUCUGUGGGCCUCUGUACAAUCCUAUACAACAUGAUAUACAACACCUUACAGCAUGAUACCACAUUAUACAACCUGAUAUAAUUAUGUACAACAUAAUACAUCCUACAUGUUAUACCACUAUGCAAACUCAUACGACACUGUACAACAUGCUUGUAACAUUGUAUAACAUUGUACAGCAUGUUACAAUAUGUGCUGUAACACUGUGUAACAUUGUAUAACAUUGUACAGCAUGUAACAUCGUACAGUGUGUCACAACUAUACAACAUUCUGUAACAGUGUACACUGUUACAACUAUACAACAUUCUGUAACAGUGUACAGUGUUACAACUAUACAACAUUCUGUAACACAAUACAACUUGAAUCAACUCUGUACUGCAUGCUACAAGACUACACAUACACUGAGUCACUAGCAUCAUGGCCAGAUACACUGACCAGUAUACAGUACAUUUAUAGGAGUUUCUCUGUGUGAUAUAUCUAAAUGCUUUGCCAGAUAUCGGCUUAAUUUGUUCUAAGACUGAUUCCUGGUUCCCAGGUUUUCUGUUACGCCCAUGCAAAUUAAGCAAAGGGGCUAUCCAAAAUUGUUAAAAUUCUUUUUUAAACACUGAAAAAAUAAUAUCCACCCUGCUUAUGAAAGAAUAUUGAAAGCUGUAUUAUAUAUGUCAGUAUAUGACUAAUGCAAGUGUACCAAUGUCAGAAGUACCAUGCGGUGCAGAGUUGUGUCCCUUCCCUAUACCAUACUUGGAAAUGUAACAGUAAAGUGACAUGGAAUGGUGACUCAUGUCUCAGAUCUAAAGUUACUUCUAUAAAAACACUUACAUCUACAACUUGCAGUGCAGCAGAAGUGAGGCAAUUUACAACACUAGGCAAACAAAAUAUGACGACAAUACAUGCCCACUGAGGCGUUAUUUAGCAGAUCUUGUUAAUCGGAAGAGGUAAUUACCUAAUUACCAAGCUUUUUUCUUUGUUACAUGAGUGCCCUUAAAAAUAUUAGGGCAAAGAAAUUGCCUUGAUCAUUAAGGUUAAUUAACAAUUCCCUUCUUUUAUUGAAAUAUUCCAUUGGUUUGAAACAUGGUACUUCAGGAUCUAGGAAUUUGUUUGUGUGACCUGUAGAUAAUUGUUGUAGACAAGUUAUGAAAACAUGUAAAUUUUGUGGCAGUGUUUGUUCAAUUUUGGGCUCCUGUUUUGUGAAACUUUUUCAAAAACAACAAUGGUCUUUAGUUAACAGAUUACUGAAACAAUACAGGAACAAUAUCCAUAUCAUUGCUGUGUUUCAAUGUUGACCUAGGAAUCAUUCAUUAUGCAUUUUCGUGUAUCUUAUGUUGCGUUCAACCAGUACCCAUGGCUGUUUCUAUGGUACUAGCUGUCUAAAGUCUUGCCUAAGUAUUAAAGAACCUUGCUAUACAAAUAUUAUUUAUCGAUUUAUCUUUCAAAUGUUCUUCAAGUUAGUAUUUUCUUGUCAUUAUUUUCUGAAGAAUUUCAUAUUUCUUUUAGAGGUGUUGAAUGUAAUUUAUGUGAUAAAAUGGUGAUAUUUAUUACUACAAAAGAAAAGCUAUUUAUUAUUGAAUGAAUGUGGUUAGUCUUCGUUUACCAGUGUACUGUUGACUAUCAAACGUGAUAGUUGUGAGAGAAUGUUUCUCUUUUUCAUAUAUGUAUUAAAUGCAUGGCUUGAAAAGCAAAAAAUCUUUUUCCGUUUUUUCAUAUAAUCUACAUUUAUAUCAAUAUUGAGUAUUUUAUUUUGGAUUAAACAAGUACUUUUAUGUCAUACUUGCAUUUAUUUGUAUUUAAAACGUAAAUGAUUUUCAGCAUCGGUCAUGCUUCCUCACUUCUUUUAUUUAUUGUUAUAACAUUUUCAGCUUAUCAUUACUGCUGAAUACUACCUGUCAACAGGUACAAAAUAUAUUUAAAAGUUACAAUUCUAAAUAUUAAAAAAUUUUGACCAGGAAGUGAAAUUUUGUUGAAUAUUUUGUUUAAAACGUUCUUUAGAAAUAGAAUUAAUACUCACACACUCUUUUGACUCAAGGUUCACUUGAGGUAUAUUUUGGAAUAUACAACAGCAGUGGGUUUUUUCCCCUUUCAUUGGGUAUUAUGGAUAUUCUUUUAUUCUAAUAUUCUCAAACUGAUUUAUGGACGAUAUACGUGUCCAAGGUGUAUUUUGUAAUGGAUAGAUGUUGUAACAAAGGUUUCCCUUCACUGAGUGUCCUGCAUUUGUUUUAAUUGUAUUAAUAACAAAAUGUUUUUAUUAGUUUUGAUUUUAUUCAGUGGCAAGCAUAAAGCAAGUUCUCUUGGUAUAUUUAGAGGCUUGAGAGUCAUUUGUUUCAUUUGUUUGCUUAUAACCUGAUUACAAUAAGAUUUACACAGCAAUCGGUUCUUGAAUGCGUACCAUCAUGAGAUCUCAGCCAUAAGUAAGGUCUAAGGUCUCAAAUGUGAUGAAAAUAGUUUCAUAAUAACAGUGUACCAUAUUUCCCCAGUUAAACAUGGGGCUUGAAUAACGGGGGGGUUCAAUUAAUUGCUUCAUAGUUUUUUGCUUGGAAUUCUCUGUUACUAUCUUUCUGACUAAAGGGAUUGAGAGUGUCCCAAAGUAGUAUAGGUCUGACCCUUAAUCAGGGAAAUAUGAUAUGUUGAGGUAAAGUUAUCCAGUGGUUUUGAAUCUGGGAAAGGAAAUCCUGUGAACAGAUUUGUCUAAAGGUCAACACAUAAUUACUGUACUGGGUUCCCAAAUCUGCAUUGAUUGACGAGACUUCAUCAUUUCUAGCGGAAGUCUAAUAACAGUCUCCUGGAAACUAAUCCAUAAAGCGAAGUCAUAGUUUCCUAGCAAAUUGCCCGAUGAUAGAAAAAUAUCCUGAACAUUAUCCUUCUUGUGCUUGAUACACAUCAUUUGUGAUUUUUCACUUAUAUGCUGGUGGUAGAACAUUAAGCAACACCUAAUAUUAUCAAUAUUUUCAGGUAUAUAUCUUGUACACUUUGUGAAAGUGCCAAGGUUACUUACUUUUAGAACAGGGGCUGUGGGGUAGCCUAGUGGUUAAAGCGUUGGCUCGUCACGCCGAAGACCCGGGUUCGAUUCCCCACAUGGGCACAAUGUGUUAAGCCCAUUUCUGGUGUCCCCUGCCGUGAUAUUGCUGGAAUAUUGCUAAAAGCGGCGUAAAACUAAACUCAGUCAGUCAGUCAGUACUUUUAGAACAUGUAUUAAUGAAUUUCUUGAAUGUUCAUCUUUUGACUAAUGAAUGAACACAGAUAUCCCAAAUCAUACGAGUUUCUUAGCUUUAAGACAGUUAUCAACCCAUGGAAGCAUUCCUGAUGUUUGUGGCACAUUGCAAGAUUAUAUGUUGCUUAACAUUUGACCAUGAGUAUAAAUUAAACAUUAUGCUAAUCAUUCCACACUAACUGACUGUCUUAUUAGCCUUGAAGUCAUUAAACUCUUGAUGGAAAAAAACUGUGAUUAUUUCAAGAACCUGAACAGGCAUUACAUAAUUCAAUAUUGCUAUUUAGGGAUCAUAAGUUAAGACAUCUUUGUGUGUAGCAUUAAUAUGAUUCAGUCCUGAGGAUUGAUGUAAAUCAAAAGUCUAUGUAAGUAGAAUUGUUGUUACAAAGCUUAUUUCAGAUUUGUUCAGGAUCAUAUCCCUUGAACAUAUUUUAAUCAAAUCCCCAACAUCCAUUGGUAUUGAAACAUAUUUCAUAUUACCAAUAAAUCCGCUGUUACAGCAUAUUUUUGGAACUCAGUUCAUCCUGAAAUCAUUGCUAAAAUCCAUAUUCUCCAUUUGUUUGUACCACUUAAUUUUGAAUAAGGUUGUGUUAUUCUCUGUUAGUUUCCAUCUCCUCAAAGUGAAUAUGUACAAUACGGAGAAUUUCUGACAGUAGAAACAGUUGUCUCAACCUACUAAGCUCAUCACAGCCUAUGCCGCAGGUAGUCCUUGGGAGGAUGAGGCCAUUCACGGCAGUUCAAGGCAGUGAUCACACAGGUUAUGCACUUGCAAUGCUAUUUACACCUACUUCAAGUAACAGUGUAAAUGUUUUUGUACAUUACUGUACAUAAGCAACAUAUUGUAUAUACUGCAGUUUUGUACAGAUUUACUAUUUCUAGAGAGAGUUUCAGUAUGAAAGUGCACUUAGCACUGGGCAGAGAACUACAUUCUAAAGAUUGCUUGUUGACUACAAACACAUGAAAUAAGUACAUCCGCUUGAAGCAGCAGCAGUAAUGGUUGAUACAUCUGUGAUGGUACUACUUGCCCAGUGUUAUCGAGCAUAUCUUGACAUGGAUAUGGUUCAUUCCCUACAGCUGAGGCCAGAGAAUGGUGGACAAGACUGAUGUGCAAUCAUUGUAUUAAAUACUUAAGCAAA